AGAACUGGUUGAUACAUAGGUUUGGGAUAGGUGUGGUUGUGUCACAUAUUAAACAAUCUAAUGGACUCUGUAGUGAUAGAGAUGUAUACUGUAGAUUGUUGCCAUAGAGAAGAUAUGGAAGUGCAUGCUUGCCACAGUGAUAUGUGGGUGUAGAUGUACCUGUUUGCCACAUAGUGAUAGAGAUGUAAAUUUGUGAUAUAAGCAGUUGCCACAAAGUGAUAUAGAUGCACAUUUGCCACAAAGUGAUAAAGACAGUUGCCACAAAGUGAUAUAGAUGCACAUUUGCCACAAAGUGAUAAAGACAGUUGCCACAAUGUGUAUACAUGUGCUGCAGGGUGACGGAGAUAGAGAUGUACAUAUUUGCUGUAAGGAGAUAGAUCACGCAGACAAGAUGAACUGAAGUAAUUUGUGGCUUUUUGCUUGUAGUGACAUACUAUUGGCACUUACGUAUACAGUAACUCAGUUAAGAAAACAAGCAGUGCUAUAAAUAAAGUGACUGUAAUCAACAGACAGAGAAAAGGAGGGAACCCCAGGUGUAAUUGGAUGUAUAUCAUAUAGUUUUUAAGUGGGCAGUGAUGUAACAACACAUUAAGAAAACUGUCAUCUGGCUGCAAGAGCUGGUUUGAUGUUAAGUUUUCGUUUUACACCUUCAUUAGGACUACCUGGAAACAUGUUAGACAUAACAAGAUUCUGCUGGAGUAAAUUGCAUUAAAUGUUCUCAGCUGGUUUCUGAAACCAAGGAGUCUAUAUAUACGUAUAUCAGGUCGUAGCUGCAAUUUACACUGUAUACACUAGCCCCAUACUGUGAAUGGAGAGGAUCCUGUGAGGAGGCCUUAACGUGGGCUUUGGAAGUAGUCAAAGAAGAAAUUGCUCAAUAGCUCAAGGAAACUGCAGGGGCACUUUGUAUAUCUUGCUACAUCUUUGGGAUUUAUGGAAACUUUUAGAACUUCAACAGCAGUGGAAUAGAGCAGUUUUUACUUAUUGCUGUGACUUUGUGUUAACAUAAGGUUUAACCAUGUCACUACCCCAGGUGGCUGGAUCAGUGUUCAACUUUAACAUGGAUUUCAGUGUUAAUCUCAUGUUUUGAUACAGCCACUAGAAAGUUUGGAUUUACAUAAGAUUACACUGUAUCACACACGUGCAAAGACCUUCAGUUGAAUAGAAAACCACCAUCAUGCAUAAAUUUUACUUCUAGUGGGAUUAAAAAUGACUGAUCACUUUUCAAUUGACUAAAACGUGCUUGAUUCAAUGGGGCAGUAAGUGUUUUCAAGUAGUUAAGGUUUUGGUAAUCAUUAUUCUGCCUGAGAAAGGAAUACAUAAGUACACAUGUACAAUCUACGGACUAGGAACGUAAGAGUUGAUCUCCAUAAAAAUUCACGCGUGACAAAUGAAUGAGACUUCCUGCUGUUAUGUUUCCUUUAAUGGCUGAAUUUGCGUCCCAAGGACAGAAGACUUCAUUGUUUUACUUUUUUAUUGGAAGAACCUGUGUUCAUGCAUACCUUAACAUAAAACAUAGCUUAUGACUAGACAAGCUGAUGAUUUUUUUUAAUGUGAUUUGUCUUCAAGAAAUUAACAUGAGAGAGAUGUACAUUUGCUUAUAAAACAAUGGAUUCAGCAACCAAGUCUGAAAAACAGCAAGUACCUUCCCAGGCUCAGGACUUGAGAUGCUCUUCUGCCUCGUAGAAGUCAUGGAAGUCAUCUGUUGAUGGAUAUCUUGGAGAUAAGACAUCAGAUUUGAUAUCCAAUGUGGAAUGUUCAGGUCACUACAGAAACAGUGGGAGUAUGAUACUUCUGUAGAUUAAUACACCAGAGGAUUUGUUCUGUGAUGUCUUUUUCCAUCCCAGGCUAUCAUUGGUGGGGUCAUGUCCUGUUUUUUUCAUACUUGACUGUUUAUUUCUACUUAAUUUUAAAGGUAAUGGUUUUCACAGAGGACAGUGUCAAGAUUUUUUUAAAUUUGGGCAUGCAGGAAUUUUAUAUAUGAUGGUUUGUUUUAUCAUGUUGAAAACAUUGGAAAGAAACAAACACUUUUUGUUUAUUCCCUGUGGAAAUGAUGUUUUUUGAAAGAAUGUCAUUAAUGCUAUACACUGCAGUGGUGUAUAUAAACCAGCCCUUUUUGAGGACAUCUCAUAAACAGAGCUAACCAGCGCCAUAGAAAUAACCUUCAUCAAUGAGGCAAGGUGUGAAAGGCGAUAAUGUGUUACCAUCUCUUCUACAACUAUAUAACUUUGGAUUAGAUGCAAUUUGUUACGAUUUCUCCUAUUAAUGAAGAGAAGACACAUAAAGCUUUACACAUAGAAGUGCAUGACAUGCGGCAUAUAUGUCAACACUGGGGUCAAAAUGUUCAUGACCCCAUGCCCAUUUAAAAGAAGAUAAUAUAUUAUGCCCCUACCAAAUUUAACUUGUACAAUUUGAAGAAAAAGGGGCACUAAAAAUUCAACCUAGGUCAAACGUACAAAGAAGUCACAGAAGUUACAAGGUGUUCGAGACAAAGAUGGCUACAGAGAAGAAGGUUGGAUUUAGGGAGAGGCUGUCUAUUAGCUAUGUGAGGCGGGCGUCUGUAAACUUGGCCAGCAUGCUGCUGCAGGGCCGGGAUCAGAGCCAGACCGAGUCUGCCAUGGAAGAUUUCCGUGGCGUCAUCGAGGCGGAAACGAGCUGGGCGGACGUCCACAGUGGAGAAGAUGAAAAUAAAGAGCGUGGCAACUGGACGAGCAGGGUGGAGUUCUUCCUGGCCUGCCUAGGGUAUGCCGUGGGGCUGGGAAACAUAUGGAGGUUUCCUUAUCUUGUCUAUAGGAAUGGUGGAGGUGCUUUCUUCAUUCCAUUUGUAAUCAUGUUGUUGUUCAUUGGAGUUCCUCUGUUCUACCUGGAGCUGGCAUUUGGGCAGUUUGCCAGCCUGGGGCCCAUCACCAUAUGGAAGGUGUCGCCCAUCUUUAAAGGAGUUGGGUACGCCAUGGUGAUAGUCUCCAGUCUUGUUGCCAUAUACUACAAUGUUAUCAUUGCCUGGACACUAUAUUACCUCUUUGCCUCCAUGACUGCCGACUUGCCUUGGGCCCACUGUAAUAAUACAUGGAAUACACCCUUGUGUUCAGAGAAUGCCUACUCCAUACAGUCCAACUUGACCACCACCACCACAGCAGCUCCUACUAAAUCCACACCUCUCUCCUCAGUAUUAACAGACAGCAACUUGACCUCCAGUCUCCCCAAUAUCUCCAGUGUUAACCUGGCUGCCUUCCUGGCCAGUAACACUACCCAGAGUCCAGAUACAGAGGUGGACAUAGGAGAGACCAUCACCACAGCGAUAACGGCUGUAGUUAACGCCACACUGCCACAGUUUAGGAGUCCCAGUGAGGAGUACUUCAGUUUACAUGUCCUCAGCAAGUCAGAAGGUAUCCAGGAUCUGGGUGGCAUGAAGUGGCAUAUUCUACUGUGCCUUACUCUGGCAUGGAUAUUAGUCUUUGUGUGCCUCAUUAAAGGCAUCAAAUCUUCAGGAAAGGUUGUGUAUUUUACAGCAACAUUCCCAUACAUCCUCCUGUUCAUUCUGUUCAUACGUGGAGUCACACUGAGUGGGUUUGAGGAUGGCAUCAGAUAUUAUUUUACCCCUCAGUGGGAAAAACUGGCCUCAGCUCAGGUGUGGAAGGAUGCCGCGGUGCAGAUCUUCUUCUCACUGUCCACCUGCUGGGGAGGUCUGAUCACUCUGGCCAGCUACAAUAAGUUCCAUAAUAACUGCUACAGAGAUGCAGUGAUCAUAGCUCUGGGUAAUGGUGCCACCUGUGUGUUUGCUGGACUGGUCAUAUUUGCCAUCAUGGGGGUCAUGGCACACGAGAUGGGAACAACUAUUGAUAAAGUCAUAUCAGAAGAGGUUGGUCUUGCCUUUGUCAUCUACCCAGACGCAGUGUUACGUAUGCCAGUGUCUCCACUCUGGUCAAUACUGUUCUUCUUCAUGCUGCUCUUUGUGGGACUGGAUACACAGUUUGCCAUCGUGGAGACUGUGUCCACCGCCAUUGCUGAUGAGUUUCCACACAAGUUUGACAACACCAAACCCAGGAGGAAAGUGUUGCUGAUUUUGGUGCUCUGUUUGAUAUAUUUUUUCUUAGGAUUGCCAAUGUGCACUCAGGGAGGUAUCUACCUAAUGCAGCUAAUGGACCACUAUGCAGCCAGCUGGAGUGUGCUGAUCAUAGGGAUCUGUGAGUGUGUAGCCCUGUCCUGGGUGUAUGGGGUGGACAGGUUUGGGGCUGACAUCAAGGCCAUGAUUGGCAGGGAGCCCAGCUUUAUGUGGAAGUGCCUCUGGAGGCUGAUAACACCCAUUAUUAUCACGUUUGUCCUUGUGUUUUCCCUGGCAGACUACACGGCCGCCUCCUAUGUGGAGUAUUCCUUCCCGCUAUGGGCUGAUAUCAUGGGCUGGAUGAUGGCCCUGGUCUCCAUUGUAGUCAUUCCUGUAUGGGCUGUCUACAUCAUCUGUAGGGCACAUGGAUCUCUCUGUGAGAGACUAAGAGUGGUAUCUCACCAUACAGUGGACUGGGGUCCAGCACUGGAGCAGCACAGACUGUUUAUAGCACAGCUACCCAGGAUGUAUAACUAUUAUCUCAACGCCCUCAGCGAGGACUCCACCACUGAGUUUGAAGGCAUACAGUCCUCAGUGGAUCUUACUGUUCGCAGUAUGAGAGAAUUACUGAGGAAUGGCCAGUUAACUGAAGAGUUAACAGUGAGAAGCAUGAGAGAAAUGCUGAGGAACCAUCAGUUAGCAGAACAAGAGAAGAAAAGGAAGGCCUCCUUGUCUAGUGUACCUGCCAAGAGACCAUCCACAAAGACCAGAAAGACAUCUCCCUCUGGGUCAUCCUCCACUAAUAAAAGUGACUUAAUUACUAGAGACAUGCCACCAGAAUACCAGAAAGCCAUAGAAGAGGGAGAGAUGAUUCUUGUACGUAAACCCAAAAAGCCUGUCCCCAUGGAGGAUAAAUGUAUUCAGACUGACCCAGUCAGUAACGGGGGACUGAAGAACACUCCAAAUGGCAAUGUGCAAGGUAGCAGUAUCAACAACACAACCAUAGGCGGUGACACAGUCACAGCCUCUGGUGAAAAAAUCCUCAACAGUUGUCUGAAGAAAGGUGGGAAUUCUAAGAAGCGCAGGGGGAGGAAUAUUAGGGUGUGUAAAGUUGAGAUAGAAAGCCCCACAUCAGAACAAGUGAAAGACAGCUCAGCCUUUGCAGUGGAAAAUGAGAUGUCUUCAUUGUCGCCCACGAGAUCAAAGGCAUCCUCUCCAAGAUCAAAUUCACAUUUGCUCCCAUCAAAUAAACCACAGUCCUCUGUACCUGUAACAGGGACACCUUCACAUCAUCAUUCAAACUCAUCUUUAAACAGUAAACACAGUGAAACUUCCACAGCAAGGCCCAUGGAGUUCCAUACUGGGAAUGGGGACUCUCAUGAAGAGCACUGCCCUCUAUCUACAAAACUGGACUUGAGCUUGAACUCUAGUGGGGACAGUGUUGGUGCUAAUGAACAAAUUCAUUGUCUAUGCAAUAGAAAGGGUUCUCCUCGCCAAGCCCAUUUUUCCAUUGGAAACCAGCCUGUGGCUCAGUCAAGUCGACAAACAGCAAACAGUGCAGCAAGCUGCGAUUUGGACAAUAACGAUGAUGACGACAGAUUUGAGGAAACGCAAAUGUAAUACCAAGGGGGCCUCACCAGCUCUUCAUCAACAUUAUCAUCAUCACCAUCAUCAUCAUCAUCAUCAAGUCUGUUCCUGCACAUAAUGGGGUUGGCAGGAUUUUCAUAGCUGUCAAAUGCCUCUUACACUCAUGGUGGUUCUCUUUCCUAUUAUAUCUAGGCCACCUGCUAAAACUUUAAUUAUGGUUUCAUGGGGACGUUUCUAAAGCAGCCAACACAUUAGGCUACUGUAUACAACAUAUCCAGGUAAAAUAUGGCACUGACUUGCUUCAUUUUGAAUAAGUUCAAGUGCCCUUAUAGCCUGCCUGUUGCACAAUUACUCUUCAAGAUAUAAAAUAAUGGGAAAAAUUCUCUGUGGAUUGCUGGGAGCCAUCUUUGAACCAGUAUUUUCUUUCUGUUGUUUCUUUUUUGAAGUAUUUGAAGAAUACACAUAUAUGCAAACUAUAUCCUGCAGAUGCACAAAAUCUUCCAUACAUAAUUCUAUUCAUAUUACCAUAAAAAGGGGGAAUUCAACAUUAUUUACAGAGCCUCAUUAUGUAUAAGCAAAUAUAAGGAGAAAAUCAGUGUAAACCAUUUCAAGAUUUUCAUCAGUUUGGUUUCCUCUACAAUAAUAUAAUAUAAUAACUUCAAGCAGUGUAAGGUUAAAAUUUAUCAGCUGGGAAAGAUGCCCAGUGGCAACAUUCCAUUAGUUGAUUGGAAGAAAUCUGUUGUUAACUCGUUGAAUAAUUGUGGACUGUCAGAUUGUUAUCUUUUUAUAUUUAUAUAUCUAUACUUUUAACAUGUAGCCUAAUUAUGGUGCUGAAACUUGGGAAGCACAAUUGAAAUUGAUAUGACUGGUUUGAAUGCUCACUUCUUCAGAUUUUAUGUCCGAGUUUACUUACAUGAAAUUUGUUAUUUAGCAUUGUAGAACAAUAAAAUUAUAUAUGAUUUUACA